AUGUUCUCCAAGAGCCUCAUCUCCUCCGUCGUGCUCUGCCUCGGCCUCGUUCUCCAGGCCAGCGCGCACGCGAUCAUCACCCCCGCCCUCGGCAUCGUCGGGAGGGACGCUAUCCGCGCGGACGUCCAGCGCCCUGCUGGCCCCACUGCUGAGUGCGGCACCAUGAGCAUUCCCGACAACCUCGACACCUCGACCGCGGCCAUUGCCGACCCCAAUGGCAUCGUCAACCUCACCAUCACCAACUUCAACAGCGAUGUCGACGGUUCGCGUAUGAUCGUCGAAGCGAUUGUCGACAACAUGGCCACCGGCAACUUCGACCAAGCCCAGGCCGCGACCAUGCUCGUGAACGGAGAAUUUAACCCGACCGACGUCACCAGCCAGCCGCUCUCCAUUCAGCUCCCCGCAGGCAUCCAGUGCGCCGGCGGCGCCGCUGCCAACAAGUGCCUCGUCUCGUUCAUCACUGCCGGCGACUUCGGCAACUGCGUGGUCGUCGAGCAGUCCGCUUAA